AUGUGGUUAUUACAUUUUCAGACAGAAUUUACCAAUGAAGAACAUGCAGCAAUUCAAGAAGCCUUAAGACAAAAAUUAGGACCAGAAUUUAUCAGUCAAAGACCUGGUGGAGGAGGUCAAAAGCUGGCUUAUGUGGAAGGGUGGAAACUUGUUAAUCUGGCUAAUGAAAUAUUUGGAUUCAAUGGGUGGUCUCAUUCCAUUGUCAAUCAGACUGUUGAUUUUGUUGAUUUGUUCAAUGGAAAGUUUUACGUGGGAGUGAGUGCAAUAGUUCGAGUACAGCUUAAGGAUGGAAUAUAUCAUGAAGACAUAGGUUACGGAGUUAGUGAAGGUAUGAAGUCGAAAGCAUUGUCGGUAGAGAAAGCACGUAAGGAAGCAGUUACAGAUGGCUUAAAGCGGGCACUCAAAAGCUUUGGAAAUGCAUUAGGAAAUUGCCUCGGAGACAUGAAUUAUCUGAAGUUCAUAGCCAGGACGCCUGCACAGGUUAAUUGCAUUUAUCGUCAUUUUUGUCAUCUUCGUAAUCAUUAUUUUAACUCUUAG